AUGGCGCCGGCAGACGACCUAGCCUUCGGCCCGGAGGGCGGGCAGUGGCACUACAAGCGCGAGACGAAGACGUUUGAUCUUACGCGCGGCUCCUCGGGCGCAGACACAAGCAACAACAAGACCAACAAAUUCACGGUCGGCACGACACAGGGCCCGGCAGACACGAAGAUUGAGCUUGAUCCAGCCAAGACGGCCCUCGUCAUCGUCGAUAUGCAGAACUUCUUCCUCGACCCGAAGUGUAUGGAUCAUCCGACCGGCGUGGCGGCCGUGGAGCCCCUUAUUGGGACUAUUGCGAAGUGCCGCGAGCUGGGCAUUGAGGCAAGGACGCUCCUACCCCUCAAUCUCAUUUGGCUUUCCUUCUUGUCUCAUCGCCUCAAGUCUGGUGAUGAAAUUAUCGCGCGGAGAAAGGGAAAGACUACGGCAGUCAUCUGGCUCACCUGGGGCCUCACAGACGCAGACCUCGCCUCCAUGCCCGCAGGCGUCCUCCGCGGUUUCGCCAACUCGCUCGUCGCGCGGCAUGAGGACCCGGUGCAUAGCGGUCUAGGAGUGGACCUCGGCGCCGAAAAAGGGCGAACGCUGUACGCCGGAGCGUGGAACUCUGAGGUGGUGCCGCGCCUUGCGGCAAGCCCCGUCACGGACAUCGAGGGCGACGUUUUCUGCGCUAAGAACCGCAUGUCUGGGAUGUGGACACCGGAGCAGCCGCUAUACAAGCACCUAGAAAAGACCGGUAAGACAUCGCUGCUGUUCGCGGGCGUCAAUACGGACGAGUGCGUGCUGGGCACCCUUGUCGAUGCGUACAAUGCCGGCUGGGACUGCGUGCUGCUGGAUGAUUGCUGUGGGACGACGACGCCGAACGGGCAUGAGGUUACGGUCUAUAAUUUGAUGGUCAGUAAGCAGCGUUUUCUUUUCCCAACUAGAUAG